AUCCACCAGAGUGCGCUGUUUAAUGACGACCGACAAGUUACAUUGAUCGUACCGUGAUGACACUUUAAUGUCACUAAUGCUAUAUUUUAUCUAGGGUAAUGAGUGUUGCACAUACCCGCAGGGGUAGGCCCGGUUACUGCUACACUAUUGCAUGACCUCAACUGAUAAUGUCUCAGAACGGGGUCGACGAGCGACAGGGUCUGGGACGGUCAGUCCGCAGUCAAGCCAGGUACGGUUAUGGUACAACAGUCACGAGCAACACUGCAACGAAGAAGUUCCCAAUGAAGUCCCAGUCGUCAAGUUACAUUAAACACAUUGUUACCUCCACUGAUACCCUGAUGGGCAUCGCUCUGAAGUAUGCCGUGACGGUGGAGCAGAUUAAGCGUGAGAACAAGAUGUGGACCAACGACAGCCUGUUUCUCCGAGAACACCUGUUGGUACCAUUGACUGCAGAAAAUGAGAAAACAGUUCCUAAAGAUCUCAUCGUCGUCUCUGACCGGGACCGCUCAGCUUCCAACCCGGAGAGGGAUGUUAAGUCAAGUAAAUCUGAUGUGUCAGGCAUGGACUUCUUGAACAAAUACGACAGCACGAUAGCUCAGCUCAAGACCAACGUGUCCAAGAUGGAGCAGAAUGCAAGGUUCCUUGAGGGGAUGGAAGACCCUAACCCACUGUCCGCCUUCCGCCGCACCCCCCCAGAGCGACAACGGAGCAUCUCGUUUGAAGACCCCCACUCCCCAGUGCUAGUGAUCCGCAGUCACACGCAGUCCCGACGUGUGCAGGAUUCCAUAGACAAUGCCCGCAAAGCUGAUGAUGAGCUGUACGAGUUGUGAUGGCAGCCCCUCCUCUGUACUGUUGAUGAUGUUGUUGUCAUAGCAACACUUUUGAUGGGUCUCCCAGCCAGAAGCUGAAGUUUUGUGAUAGGAGACCAUCAAGUGUUUAUUCUUACCCUAACAUAUCAGAUGAACUGGAAUGACUGAGUUACUGGAACCAUAAUUUUAAUGUUCACAGCCAUGUUCCACAAAGCAGUACCAUCAUGGCCAUCCAUUUCUAUGUUGACUUAGUGCGAUACCAUCAUAACUUGAUUAUUUCAACACUGAACAGUUGCCUUUAAAACUCUUACUUCUACACUUGAACACUGACCUGUAACAACUGCGCUUAAACGUAUUACUUCCAUACCACAUGGUGGUGGGGUAGCCUAGUGGUAAAAGCCUCCGCUCGUCACGCCGAAGACCCAGGUUCGAUUUCCCACAUGGGUACAAUGUGUGAAGCCCAUUUCUGGUCUGCCCCCGCCGUGAUGGUGCUGGAAUAUUGCUAAAAGCGGCGUAAAUCCAUAACCACUUACUCACUCACACUUGAACACUGACCUCUAACAAUUGCGUUUAAACCUAUUUACUUCCACACUUUACUCUUGUAGUAAGGUAGCCCAGUGGUUAAUGUGUUUGCUCAUCACGAAAUAGGCCUGGGUUCGAAUGCCCACCUGGGUACAAUGUAUGAGGUGAGGUGAAAUUGGG